AGACGCGGAGCGGAGGAGCAACUCCGAGCGCGCCCGGCCAGCCAGCGGCGGCCCGCGGAGUGAUCCACGCGUCUCUUUCUUCUUUCGACCGUGUGGGUGUGUGCGUGCUUUUCCCCUCCCAUCGUUCUCCCGCCGCCACACGCCGACUUCGUCCGAGGGCUGCAGCCAGCGGCAUGCGGCCGGACACCUCGCUGCCACCGCUUUUGCCCCAAAUGCCGUGCCGUUGUUCGUCGUGGGCCUAGAGGAUCGACCAACAGAAGCUGUAACAGCAACCCGCCGACAUUCCUCGCGCCCCUCCGACACCACCGCCAGUGGAUUUGGGCAUUCAGGUGGCCGCCAAGCCUGCCCAUUUGUCCGGCCGUGCUCGCCGGCUCUGCCGAGAAGAAAGGCGGACGCGCCCCGGGCCGGUCAACGGGUGGCGGCGCGCUCGAUGGUGUCGUCUGCCCGCGCAGUGGGACUGAUGCGCUCAGCGGUCGGUUGGCGAGUUGACUAGUCAGUGGCCGCCAUGACAUGCAGAGCGCACGACUACAAGGCUCUGCUCAAGAACAGCCUGCGGAAAUGGGACCUGCGGAAGUGGGCCGUCUUCGUGGUCCUGCUGCUGAUGCUCGUCUCCCUGCACAUGUACGGCGUCCAACAGUACAGCCUCGCCACCAGGGCGGUCUGGUACAAGAGGUUCUUGACCAACCGGACGCGCUUCUCGAACGAGUGCCGUGGUUGCUGCCGUCCCGCGCUGAACGUGUUUCUGCUGAAGACCCACAAGUGCGCCGGUUCCACGGUGCAGAACGUGCUCAUGCGCUUCGGCGACCGGCGCAACCUCUCGUUCGCCCUGCCCAGAGAAGGCAACUACUUCGGACACCCCAAGCCCUUCUCCCUGUCUAUGAUCCCAGCAGACAUGAUCCCUCCGUGGGGCUUCAACAUCUUUUGCCACCACGUGCGCUUCGGCAGCGACGACCUGCGGCGCCUGAUGCCCCCGGACACGGUGUUCAUCACCAUCCUGCGCGACCCGGCGCGCCUGUUUGAGUCUCUGUACUUGUACUACCACCUGGAGAAUCACACGGGCGUCUCGCUGGAGGCCUUCCUCAAGAGCGACACCAAGCAGCGUUGGCUCGACACGCACCGCUACGCUGCUCGCUUCGGCCGCAACCAGAUGCUCUUCGACCUCGGCAUGGACACCUCGGGCCACACCAACGACUCCGAGGUCGAUGCCUUCAUCCAGCACAUCGAGGAGAGCUUCCACCUGGUCCUCAUCGCAGAACUUUUCGACGAGUCUCUCAUCCUGCUCCGAGACUUGCUCUGCUGGGACACCCAGGACGUGGUGUACUUCGAGCACAACCAGCGCAUGCAAAAAGCGGCCGCCGGCAGCGGCGGCAACAAUGGCGUCGACAAGGGUGACAGCGCUCUUCGUCGCGAAAUGGAGCGAUACAACGCGGGCGACGGUCGCCUGUACCGCCACUUCCGCCAGAAGAUGGAGCGCCUCAUCGACGAGUACGGCCGCAAGCGCAUGCGUCAGGAGGUGGACGGCCUGAAGUUGUGGAAGAGUCUGCUCUACGAGCACUGCGUCGAGAAGCUCGAUUCCGGCCGCACGGUUGCGUACGAGACGCGCUGAGUACAGCGACGACGUCUACAGCAUUGUUCUACGUUCGGGCGUCAACAACCGCCUCUGCCUGGACAUGGCGCGCGCCGAGCUCCCCUACACCGAGAGACUCCGGCGCAAGCAGAGGGUUCUGGCGCGCAGCAGCCACUGGUGGACGCUGCCGUGGUCAUCCGGGGACGGAGCGCCAGAUGAACCGGCAGUCGUCAGCACGCGGGGUCAGCUGCUCAGACGGGCGGUCAGUGCCAGGCAGAGAGCGCGUCGGCGUGUGGCCAAAGGUUGACCGGCGCGUGGUCGGAGCUUCCGGCGAACGUCUCUCAGCUACGAAGGUCAGCGCCGCCGCCUCCGUUGUCGGGAAAUGGGCUUCCAGUCUCCUCACCAAAACUUAGCUCCAGCAAGAGUCACCAAAUUAGUCGAGAUGCGAAGAGGGCUGGCCCCGGCGCUAGCCAUUUCAGUAUCGGGCCUUACUCGGCCUGUUAUUCGCUGGGAAGAGCAGUCUCAAGUGGCUAAGAGGCUGCCAGCCUGCUGGCCAGAAGGUGGCUGGAGCAUUAGCUUGCGGAUGGUUUGAGCUUUGAAGAUAGCGUCAGCUUCAAUGCCAAGUGUUCUCGCACACACUUCAUAUGACCAAGUAUUUGUCAGGGAAAGCAGUUGCGAGUGCCCAUAAAAGCUCAAUGUGUGUGACCCUGAUUGCACACGAUGGUUUUGGAGUCUCACUUCCGAAUGGUGGUUGUAGCACUGGUCUCCAAGUCAAGUACUUUAAGCAGAAAAGGAUCAAAUGUGUACAUCCGUGCAGCAUUCCAUGAAACAGGGGCACUGCGAGACUUCGAGUGCUUCGAAAUGAAGUCCAGCAAGUUCUUUGUGAGCCUGAAGGUGUCUUCUGCUCUGCAUUUCAUGCAUGUGCUGUGCCUGUGAUAAUCAAGGGCUUGUGAUAUGCCCUCCUGCCAGCAGUUUGCUGUGAUUUGGCUCACUGCUGAAAAUGUUAUCAGUGCCGAGGAAUAACAUAGAGGACAUUAUCUGCUCAUUGAAAACAUUGGACGUGCGUGUGUAGGAUAUGUCUGUGCACCUGCAAUUUAUAAGGACUACAUUGUUUAGGACAUGUGUAUUAGCUUGUGCAUGUGUGUGUGUAUAGAUGUGAAAUUCAGUGGUGUGGUGCUUAGGCAUGGUGCAGCUUCUGGCUGCCACUUAAUUUGUGCUGUGCUGUACACUGUCAGUCAGUCAAUCAGUCAAUUCUAGCAUAUCUGUGUUGUGAAUGUGGUCUCCGUAAGUGCAGGAGCAUAAAUGUGAACAUUACAAGAACAACUAGUUGUUUUAUUCCAAUGGGCUGCUGAGACAUCAACCGUGUGACAGCAAUCUAGGCUUUGUGAUUGUCUUUUGAAGGAUGCGACCAUGCCAUCCGUCUGGACCAACAAGAUACUGUUCAGUGUUGAUAUCUCACCUUGUGUCGGCGCAUGUUGUGAGCAGUUUCUUGUCACAGUACAUCACAAUUAAAAUUAGUAAUAAAGUGGUUAAUAUUAGGUUGUAAUGCAAUUUUGGGCUAAACUAUAAAGCUCUUGUGAACAAACAUGUGGUAAAGCAUGUGCUCCUAAUAUAAAAGAUGUUUUCAUUCCUUUAGUUAGUUUUCAAACAGUGGUCUUCCUUAGUUAUGCUCUGUUUAUAGCUCAGAUUUUUUUACUGACGCCGAGGAUAUUACUUAAGUAUUCUAUGUUUCCAAUUGUCUUCUGUCAUGGUAUUCAGUAUCCAAUGUGCUACACAUUGAAAAAAAAUAUCCUACGCUUUUCAUAAGUAACUUGCAUGGCAUAUCAUAGGUUGAUACAUUAUGCCCUAGAGAUAAAGAAUAGUUGAAAUUUUGGCAUGGCCAGUAGAACGACAGACUGUGUAGUCUUUGAAUGGGACUUACUGUUUUCAUAAGUCAUUCUCACUUGUUGAAAAUGCCUUUCUCAUUUAUUAUAUGUUUGGAGAAUACAACACUUUUGUUUCUUUGUUUUCAUUAUGAGGAUAUCGCCAUUCGUUGUUAAUGCCCAAGAAAACAAUGCUUGUGAAGUUUUCUGAUUGCGAGAGCGCACAUUUUGGCUGUUUAUUGAUUUUCCUCCUUUUUAUAUAUUGCCCUAGAUUGGUUCAUUCUUUUAACAUCAUGCAAGAGUACUUUAACACAUUUUAACGUCCUUUUGUGGUGCAGCUUCUCAUGAAACAUGAUAUCGAAAGGUAACAUUUGCAUGUUGUGCCUUAUGGCAUUACGAUCUCAAUUUGAAACCCCGCACUCUUCCACAAAUAUGUGCACUCUCAAGUUGACAGUUGAAUGACCAGCUACUGACAUCAAACCUUUCAACUCAUUCCUUUAACAGAAAGCCUAACCAGCAUUUUCUGAAACAAGUUCGUCUAGGUGUAAUUACAGUAACAUCUCUAGGCUACAGCAAAUAAGGUCACAAAAGUUGUAACAAAUGCUGUAUUAGUAAACAUAAUCAGUUUAACACCAAUGCUUUCAGACACAGUUGGGCUGAUGCUCAACACAUUUUUGUGCUUUGUAUCUUUUUUUUUUUUCUAGUUUUAGCGACGAACAAAUCUCUUCACAGUUUGUUAUAGCAGCACUAUCAUUUUGCGCACGUCUUGUCAGUCAGUGUUGUGCGUAGUGAAAAUAGACGGGUCUCAGUAAAACUUCCACUCAUCGUAGUAUGGCUUCGCUUGAUGCCCUAUGAAGAAUAAUGGAAAUAGUGUCUCCUUAGCAUUUAGGUACUUUCCUUUUGCCUCUGUCAGUUGUCACAACAGUAUUUGCAGUCGUGUUUAAAUGACUGUUCACAAUAGCCACAAAAGAAUUCUUUGCAGCAGCUUGUUGAAGAAAGUAGGGUUGCAGUGCAUGGUAUAUGUCAUUAGAACUCAAUUGCACUGCAGACGUAUUUAGCUGCAUAUUCGAAUUCUACAGGAAUUCAUCAGCAAAAAAAUAAUAAAGCUUACAAUGCAACGCAACCGGUUCUGAUGAAUUUUUUUGUUUCGAGCCGGUAUACUCACAUUUCUUCACAGUGCGAAUCGCCCAUUACGUGACACAUUCGCUAAAGCGAGAGGACUUCCAUGGAGUAAAAUAAUAGAUGACGUGUACAUACUACCUCUCCUCGAUUCCUUUUUUAAAGAUAUCGCCAGACUUGUUAGCAUUGCUUUUUUUUCUCCCUCUCACUGCCAGUUAUCCUGCAGUAAUGUACGUGCCGUGUAGAUGUGAGUCUACUGUAGCAAAACUAGUUGCAUGAGAUACUCUUCGGACUUCACACACACCACACUUAAUUCGUAUGAGUCGGCAUCGUUGCCUUGAAUCCCUUGUCCUGUUUGUUGGUCGUAUCCACAAUAGGUGACGCGAGGACAGAUGUCUGCACUUCAGGUGCCAUCAGUAAUGUGCUACUCCAGUCACAUUUUUCAAAUUCUUGUUAACCUACUUACUCGCGCUUGUUACUAAGUGGUCAACGGCUCAUUUUACUGUGCUUAUUUAACUCACUUAAUAUCUUAUCUCAUUUAAUAUUUCUUAUCUCAGGCACACUGACUAGCAGUGAAUAACAAACCAUGACAUGAUAACGGCACAUCCAGGGCAAUAGAACGCAAUUGUAAUUAAGUGCUUAUGUUGCCACUUGAUGUGUGAAUUGAAUUCUGAGGUUUUAUGUGCCAAAACCACGAUUUAAUUAUGAGGCAUGCAGUGGGAAACUCGAGAUGAAUUUUGACCACCAAGGGGAUCUUUGACGUACCCCUAAUGCACGAAACUCGGCGUUCUUGCAUUUUGCCCCCAUCGGAAUGCAGCCGCCGCAGCCGGUAUUUGAUCCCGCGACCUCGUGCUUAGCCGUGCAACACCAUAGCCACUAAGCCACCGCUGCAGGUUUCAUGUGUAUGAAGAGCUGCUAGUUUGUGGACACGCAACGAGAACAAAAAAAGGGACACAAAGCAAUAAACUACGAUCGAUUGUUUUGAGAACUAGUACACUCAGUGUUUUGUUGCUUAAUGAUUUUGUUAAAAGCACUUGUGGUUAUUGAGCUCGCUGCUUUGUCGCAAUACGUCGAUGCUACCAAUUUUAAGUCUUCUCAUCAUUCCAUUGUUAUGUUCCUGCCCCUCUCACCGCCCACUACACAGGCGUGGCAUUUUGAAACUCGACAGAGGAUCGUAAACAAGUGCGUCUCAAAUGUGUGAGCGAUCGCUCAGUGUAACUCCUCUUCUUAACAUAAAAUGUGUUGGAAGGUGUCAUCACGGCUAAAUGUAAUCGGUCACGGCAGAGCCAAGCAGAAGGUUAGACAAGAUAAAAUGCAGGGACAUAAGACACUAUCCACACCAGCUAUAGGAGCCACCUGUGCACAUGCAGCAGCUGCCCCUCCACAUUCAGAAGUGCCCCAGCACGCAUCAAGAGCACAUUGGCCGGACCGGUUUGACCAAAGCCAGUCCAACAAGAUACGUCUCCCAUGGGCCUCUCUUGGGUGGUAUUCUGGUUAUUGUCAAAUUCGCCAUUUUGUCAGAGCUGAUCGGCCCAGAGAGCUGCUACGGCCUCUCUGAUUAGUUCAAAAAGCUGUCAUUGCAUAACUAGGCAAUGUGGUAUAAUACUUGAGUUUCCAGAAUGACACACCAGUUGGAUAAACAGUUCGUUCUUAUGAAGACCGGAUCUGCCUUUCACCGCCUAUAUAUAUUUCCGUCACGUUUCUCAAUUGCAGGUUCAGAAAGUGUGAAAAAUAUGCGAAAUACCAUUUUCGACAGCCUACGCGAUAACAAUAACCUUCCGCAAAUCGUACGAUUCGAAGUGUCGCCUGACCUUAUUUUCCAAGAAGAGUUUUCAGAUAGGUUCAUACGAAUAGGUCGAAGAGUUUCACAUGGUUUUUUGAUUUUCGGUCAUUCGUUUGUUCUCGAAGGCGGGACGAUUAUACAGUGCCGUGCGAAGACAGAAUUCUAGGCUAUGACAUUGCCACAGCAAGAUAUGUUCGGUCAGCGAUUGACUGGCACGGUGACUGCCACAUGAUUUAACCAACUUUGUAACGAACCUGCACGAGGGAUAGGUCAUGGGCGACGUUGCUGGCUCAAGCGAAUACGAAGUGAUGUCGUAUACGUUCUACGUCCAUUCGUAUCUCCGCUUACGCUUCGUAGUAUGAAGUCUGUUUAAAUUUCUUUAUGGUUCCCUAGACACGUUUGAAUGUAGUAAGUGGAUAUAGUCAGACUCAGUAGUUUUAAAGUGUCAAGUGAGAUGUAAGUGACCUGACAAGGGCUGGCAGUAGCAUCGGAAAUGAAUGCCCAUGCUUGUGUAGUUUUGGAACACACUCACGUUCGGCAAGAAGCAAGCGGGUUUCUUGUCAACUGAUGUAUACAUUGAGCUGGACACUCCAGCCCUUAAAUUCACUCGUUCAAUCGUGCUGUAUGUGUGUGCAUGUCUUGUCGUUCCACAGAUGAUAAUAGUGCACCAGUGUAUGUGUGUGUGUGUGCGGCAGAGAUGCCAGAACUCGGUUCUUGCAUCAUGGCGAUUCAUUUGACCGUUGCACUGGGAGUUGUUUAUAGUGGCUGUUGUUUAAAUAAAUUGUUUGGAGACGAA